UGUAUUUCAAUACACAUCGGGCAAGCAGGAGUUCAGAUGGGCAACUCGUGCUGGGAACUCUACUGCAUUGAGCAUGGCAUCCAGCCUGAUGGCCGACUCAUCGACAACAGUCGUACAGCGGUGAGUGACGACGAGACAGAGGGCGAGCCUCAACCUUUCACCACGUUCUUCAGUGAAACAGGAUCUGGAAAGCAUGUUCCAAGGGCGAUAUUUGUCGAUCUUGAGCCUACUGUUAUAGACCAAAUUCGCACCAGUACAUACCGAGAGCUUUUCCGCCCAAAGCAGAUGAUCACCAGCAACGAGGACGCUGCUAACAACUACGCAAGAGGUCAUUACUCGAACGGGAAAGACGUCAUCGACAAAGUCAUGGAUCAAGUCAAAAGAUUGGCUGAUAACUGUGAAGGUCUUCAGGGUUUCCUCCUGUUUCACAGCUUUGGAGGCGGGACAGGUUCGGGAUUCACGUCCCUGCUGAUGGAGCGACUGUCGGUGGACUAUGGAAAGAAGACCAAGCUGGAAUUCGCCAUCUAUCCCGCACCCCAGGUUUCGACGGCCGUCGUUGAGCCAUACAACACCAUCCUCACCACACAUAGCACCCUUGAACAUUCUGACUGUGCCUUUAUCGUUGACAACGAAGCCAUCUACGAAAUUUGCCACAGAAACCUUGAUGUAGAGCGUCCGACGUAUACAAAUCUAAAUCGCUUGAUCGGUCAGGUUGUGUCCUCCAUAACUGCAUCUUUGAGAUUCGAAGGCGCCCUCAACGUUGAUCUUACAGAGUUCCAAACAAACUUAGUGCCAUAUCCACGUAUACAUUUUCCCCUUUCAACUAUUGCACCAAUUGUGUCGGAAGAAAAGUCUCAUCAUGAGAGAUUUUCCGUGGCUGAAAUCACGAAUGCUUGUUUCGAGGCUGGAAACCAAAUGGUGAAGUGUGAUCCAAGGGAUGGUAAGUAUAUGUCCUGUUGCCUGCUCUAUCGCGGAGACAUCGUCCCUAAAGACAUUGCCGCAGCCAUCAGCAAGAUCAAGACGAUGCGCACCAUCCAGUUCGUUGACUGGUGCCCAACAGGCUUCAAAGUCGGCAUCAACAGCACACCUCCUUCGGUUGUUCCUGGUGGGGAUCUAGCCAAGGUCCAACGGGGUGUCUGUAUGCUCAGCAACACCACUGCCAUUGCCGCUGCCUGGGCACGUGUUAACCAUAAAUUCGACUUGAUGUACGCCAAACGAGCCUUUGUCCACUGGUUCGUUGGGGAAGGCAUGGAAGAAGGGGAGUUCUCGGAGUCUAGAGAUGAUCUGGCUGCGUUGGAGAAGGACUAUGAAGAAGUAGGAAUGGACUCAACAGUAGGAGAUGAUGAAGACUUUGAUGCCUAUUAAUAUCUUUCAAAUCACUUUCUCCAACUCCUUACACUGCAAUAGUUCCUUAAAUUUGUUUUCAUUAGUUAAAGAUUAUUGUAGAUAUUUUGGUUUAUUUAUUCAUUUCACUCUUAGCAUGUUUAGAUUGUUCUAGACAUAAGGACAUCAGUACUAGUAGGCCUAGAAUGACUUUCAAAUAGUGUUAUAUGUAUGAAAGGAUUUGGAGUUUAAAAUGAUUUCUGGACAUUUAAUCAGUAAAUUUAG